UUUUUUUAUUAUUCAAUUUACUUCAAUUGUCAAUUAAAUAAAAUAUAAUUAUGUCCACAACUGGAGCUUUACAAACAAAUAUUGGAAGGCCACGUAUUCCAAGAAUACCUAUUUGCCACUUUUGCAAAACUACCACAUCCAACGAAUGGUGGAGAAGAGCUAUUAUGGUAAAUGGAGUAAGGGUCAUUGUGGAUAAAUGUCAAAAAUGUUAUUAUCCACGUUUGUCUCAAAAUAGAAUAGAAAUGUUAAUACCUCGUAAUACUAGAUGAAAUAAAUGAUUGUUAAUUAAAAGUUUUUUUAUUAAAAAAAUAAAAUAUUUAAUUU